AAAAUGGCGGUGUCUUAAUGUUGUACUUAGUCAUGGCGAAGACGAUGUUGAUCUUCCAGUAGAUUACCUGGGAGAUAUGGAUGUGAUGAAACCUACGCUCAUAUAUAUUGGAGGACGAUGCUACCGAAAAAUGCCGUUUGAGCAGAAAAUCGAACAUAAUUCGGACCGUGUUCCAAAGCAGCAUGAGAGUCCUUCAGAACAGUUGGAUUGGGAAAAUGACGAAGCUUGUGAUGUGAGUGAAUCUAUUGAAAAGACAGAGCGGGGGUAUAGGUUAUCUGUGGAAAUACCAAGCCCUUUAUUUAAAUUUAUCCUGGGAAGAAGGGCUGAAACAAAAAAGAAAAUUGAAAAAGAAACCAACACUCAAGUAACGGUUCCAAGACAGGGAGAAGAGGGAGAUAUUGUGAUAAUUGGUUCCCACAGGAGUGGUGUUGUGGGAGCUAGAAGCCGGAUAGAGGUGAUUGCUGAAACUUCCAGGCAAAAGAUUCCUUUCACGCAUUUUUUGUGUUUUCCUUUGUACAACAGUGACUUGGCAAGGAAGAUGGAUGAAUUUAAGGUUAAAGUGCUCGAAGAUUGUUUUGAGUGUCGAGGGAUUAAUGCCAGCAUAUUUCAGCUGCCAACGAAGAUUCAUUUAACUGUUGGUAUACUGACCUUAUUGAGUGACAAAGAAGUGAAAAAUGCAGUAGACUUGUUGUCACAGUGCUACCAAGACCUUGUUAGCAAGUGGCUUCACAAUGAGCCAGUAGUGGUUGAACUCAAAGGUGUGGAGUGCAUGAAUGAUGAUCCAUCUGAAGUAGAUAUCUUGUAUGCUAAAGUGCUUGUAAAAGACAACUCUGACAGGCUCCAGCUGUUGGCUAACGCGUUAGUUGAUACGUUCGUAUCUGCCGGUUUGAUGAAACGUGAAUACGAUCGCGUCAAGUUACACGCCACUGUAAUGAACACUAAACAGCGUGAUGAUCCCGGCGGAGAAGAAACAUUUACCAAAAAGAGCAGAGGCGAUGCUGCGCCAAGAUUUAAAAAGAGAACAUCGUUUGACUCAAGAAAAGUCAUUAAAGUAGGGCGUCAAGUGCUCUCUAAAUCUCGAUAUUUAUUUUGUACGAAGCAGAUACAUUCAUGUUUGCUGUUCUUAAGGUUAUUUUUCAAGAGUUGUCUUGUUGAUUUGUUACCAGUCUCUCUUUGGCACUCCUAAGUGUCAAAGUGAAAGCCACGGAAGGACGAAAGUUAUUGUUUUGACCCUUCCGCUUAUUUGAUGUAGUUCUGAUCUUCUCAAUUUUCCUUUUUUUUUUCAGUCAUUUGAGGACUUCAGUUUUGGUGAAUAUCACUUGGACAUGAUUCAUCUUUCAAUAACGGGUGUCUUUGAUUCCCAAGGACACUAUGAUUGU